AUGGCAGAGGAGGCUCCCGCCGGUGUCUCCAAGGUCGAGGCCUUCAACAAGGUCCUGUACCACUCUGGCGCUAAGGGCAAGAUCCUUCUCUGGCUCCUCGCCGUCUCCAUCGGUCUCACCAUGUUCGUCUAUGCCAUGGACCAGGGUAUCACCACUACUUUCUUCACUGCCAUGGCUACUUCGACCUUCGGCAACCACGCUGGCCUCGCUGCCGUCUCCGUAGCAAGCCAAAUUAUCCGCGCUAUCAGCAAGCCCUUCAUCGGAAAGCUCGCCGACCUGUCGUCGCGUCCUACCACCUACGUCGUCGUCCUCGUCUUCUACGUCAUCGGUUUCGUCGUUGCUGCCUCUUCACACACAUUCGCGGCCUACGCAAUUGGCAUUUCCUUCACUGCCAUUGGCAAGUCCGGUCUGGACUUGCUUGGAGACAUCAUCGUUGGCGACUUGACGCCCCUUGAGUGGCGUGGAUUCUUCGGCUCCCUGCUGUCGAUCCCCUUCGUUAUCACCGUCCCAGUCAACGGAUUCAUUGCUGAUGGCCUUGGAGACGAUCACUGGAGAUGGGGACUAGGCAUGUUCUGCAUCAUGGUUCCUGUACUUCUCGCCCCUGCCAUCUGGACUCUCUACACCAUGCAACACCGCGGCCAGAAGCUCGGCAUGGUCACCAUGGCCAGCUCCAAGAAGGAGCGCAAGGAGGGUGCCCCUAUUGCUAUCAACUGGAAGCGCGCCGUCAUCGAUGCUCUAAUCGAGAUCGACUUCUUCGCUCUCAUCCUCCUCGGUUUCGCCUUCGCCUUGAUCCUCCUUCCCUUCACCCUCGCCAAGUCCGCCGCUGGAGGAUGGUCUAACCCCUCGAUGAUCGCCAUGCUCGUCGUGGGCUUCGUCAUCCUCGGCGCCUUCGUCCUCUUCGAGAUGUACGUCUCGCCCAAGCCUUUGAUGAGCCACCGCAUCCUCCGCAACCGCGCCUUCAUUGCCGCGGUCGUCAUCGACGUCUUCGCACAGUGCUCGUCCGCCGUUCGCAACACCUACUUCUUCUCGUACGUCUAUGCCGUCAAGCCAUGGAGCAACUACGUCCUCAUCAUCUUCCUGGGCAUUACCACCAUUGGUCUCUCCCUGGUCGGCCCCAUCGCCGGUAUCGUGCAGCGCAUUACGCACAGGUACAAGACGAUGAUGAUCAUCGGUGGUGUGGGCAAGUUCAUCGGCUAUGGUGUCCUCAUUGAGCCCGGAUCCAACGCCAUGUCGACGGGCACCGGUCGCCUCUUGGCCGCGCAGCUCCUUCUCUGCCUUGCCUCCUUCUCCGUCGUCGGUGCCCGUGUCGGUUCGCAGGCCUCGGUUCCUCACGAGGACCUGUCCACGGUCAUCUACCUGCUCAGCCUUUGGUCUACUCUCGGCUCAUCGGUCGGUGGCGCCAUCGCCUCUGCUAUCUGGACGAACACCAUGCUCGACCAGAUGCGCAAGGAGCUCCCCGACGUGCCCGAAGCCACUCUCAAGACCGUCUAUGGUAGCAUUGCCAAGCUGCGUAGCCGCUACCCCUCUCUCGACGACCCCAUCCGUCAGGGUGUCAUUCGCGCCUACUCGCAGGUCAACGGCUGGAUUGCCAUCACCGCCUGCGUUCUCGCCGCCAUCCCCAUCAUUGCUACCUUCUGGAUGCCCGACUACUACCUCGGAAAGCAGCACAACACCAUCACCCAGACUGGCCUCGAUGGGUCGCGCGUUGAGGUUCCCGAGAACGAGAGGCGCGUUGUUGAGGAGACGGGCGAGAAGAAGUCGUGGUUGAUCAAGCUGAGGGACAUGUACCGUAGGGAUGUCCUCUGA